GAAUUCUGAAGGCGCUCUUCUGUUUUUUGAUAUUCUUGCAAUCAUUUUGUAAUCACAGGUGAGACGGGAACUAUCUUGAAAUAAGUGAAGUCGUCACUUCCGUCCUGAGGGCUCCAACCCGGACGUGAAAGUUUUUACAAGCUGUUUCGUGUUUUUUAAAAAAAUCGCAGUUAGCACAAACGUGUCUCUCCCAUAUAUACAGUCUUGUGGUAUCUCCCAGGCGUUUUCAUGUAGUUUCGCCGCAGGUAUGCCACGGUACUGCGCUGUGAAGGUUUGCAGGAACCGCGGGGGAACGGCGUCAAGACAAGACAACAAGAGAAUUAGCUUCUACCCGUUUCCCUUGCAAGACAAGCCCAGGCUUCAGAAAUGGGUGGACAACAUGAAACCGGCAGAGUGGACCCCGGAGCGACAUCAGUAUCUGUGCAGCGAUCAUUUGACAGGGACUUGGGGUUACGAGCCACUCAUUUUGAGCAGGACAUGUAAAAAGGUUCCAUCAAGUACAGCAAGCAGUACUGCUGAGGAGCACACAGAGACGAUAUUUGAACUACCUCUGGUCUCAGAGAUACAGACUGCUGCUUGUGAGAAAACAGGUGACACUGGAGUACCAGCUGCACUGUUUCCAAGCACUGAACCUCAUUCCAAACAGGAGACUGACUCGUCCGUGACUGUAUUGUGUUGUGAGCCUCUCGGACCUUCAUUCAAUGGAGAGGCAUAUGGAGACGCCAUGGCCCUUCAAGCAGUUCUGGGCCAGACUUUUAGCUUAGUCCCUGUGGAAGUGAUCAAGGACAAACCCACUGGCUGCUUCCUGGAGGAGAUGGGACCCAGCGAUGGAGAGCACAUUUCUGUUUACGAGCACUCGUACUGCAGACCGGACACGGACAAAGAUGAGCUUUGGAGUAAGAUCUUGAGUUUGCAUGCAAAGAUCUUGGAACUGGAUCGCAGGGAGGAGAACACGAUGGCUAAAAUACGAGCUCUGGAGAAUGAGAUCGCCCUCUUGAGGAGAGAUGGUGCUGUUUUUAAAGAGAAGCAGAAAGUUUUAGAAGAUUGUAUAUCAUCUGUGUUGCUCUGAGUUUGGACCCUAAAAGGAGAAUUGAUUUUUUUGCAGAUAUGUUGCACAUGCUCCCAUACAUUCCUUACAUGAAGCACAGCAGCACACAUUGUGCCUAAUUUUCAACUCAGCUGGUACGCAGUGUUACUCAAAGCUGCUCUUCUGUUUUAAUAUUAUGAAUGUACUGUAUACCUGAUUAACGCUUUAUGUCCACAUGGUCACUGUAUGACCUGUAUGAUUUUUCAAAGCUUCAUUACUUUUCAGCAGCUUGUUGCUAUGCAUUUUUGAUAUAUAGUACCAUGCACUUUGAAUGUGGCAUCUGAAAGGUUCCAAAUCCAUUCUGCAGCACGACAGUGACCCAAAAUGUACAGCCUGAGUCAUAUAAAUAAUCUUCAGAAAAAAGGAAUCCUGCAACAGAUGGAGUUGCUCACACAGAGUGAAGGAGUAGGAAGAGUUUCAAAAGGAGAUAUGAGCGGAGUGAACACAAAAUCAGAAGCCAUCAUGGCAGAGGAAGGGCGCCUUGAACGUCAGAUUGACAAGAUUGAUGGACAGAUUGAGAGUUACAAGAGAGAAGAACUGCUGAGGGACAAGCGGAAUGUGGUGAAAAGCAAGUCUCAACCAUAUUUAGUCAGUCUCGGUUUACAUAAAGCAACAAAAGAUUUGAGCUUAAAUCUACAGCAGAACUGUGGAAACUUGUUUAGGAUGCUUGGAUCAAACUUCCUUUAAAAAGUUUGUGCACAGGUGAUCUGGUGCUAUUUAAAGUCAAAGGACGGUCACACCAAAUAAUGAUUGCUUUUUUCUGUUUAUUGCACUUUUUAAAAAAGUUAUUUCACAAAUAUAACUAUUAAUUAGUUGAAAGCACUUGUGCGUGGUACUGUAUUUCCAAGAUUUUCUCUUCUAUCUUAUGACAAAUCUUAACUUCUUAGUUGCUCUGCUGUCUUUGUCAUGCAGUAUAUUCAUUUUGUUGCAUUUCAGUAUCUGCUUUGGUCCACUAUAUGAUGACAUAAUGCUACUUGAGUCUCAAUAUUUCCUUAAUUUACAUUUUUACUUGUACUUAAGUUACUUCUGUGAGUCAUUUGUGACUAACCAGGGAAAGCAAAAGGGCACUUCUUUCUUUCCAGCAUCCACUCUGUUGCUCAAGUGCUGGAUGUUUGUCAGAAUGAUUCUAAAUGGUGACUUUCUUUAAAGGACCAAUAUGAAUCAUCCCUGUCAACUUGCAAAAUUCUUACCUUUUUAACUCUCAACUGGAACAGCGACUGCUUGUUGUAUUAAUGUCAAUCAGUUUUAUUUUACGAUGUUCAAACGACAACAUUUACAUACAUAUUGAUAUACUUCAGUGUUGUGGGAUCAUGUUUUAUUUCUGUGCUGCAAAUCCUAAAUAUUCUGCUUUUCUGAAAUAUAUCCAUGAUGGCUCUA